GUCAUUGAUCGACAUGGCCAAUCUCUUUGUUCAGAGAACAAUAACAAUGUCAUCAGAAAUUAACAUUCACUACUGUUCAACGCAUCUCACAACCCUAACUAGCUCUUAUAUUCUAAUCUCACCACAAAAUGAUCCCCUCCUCAAUUAACAUCUUCAACCAGAAAGCUCUCACUAUCUCUUCAGAAACAAAGUACCUGACCAGAAGGUCAAGAAUACCAAGCUUUAACAAGGUAAAUAGGCGGGGCCUAUAACGGUGAGUGUACAAUCACUAAUAGGAAGCCAGCGUUCAAGAGACACCAAGAACAUUUGAUGCACUGGCUUCCCUGCGACAAGUUUGAUGCUGACGUGGUUAGAAUCUUACUACUGAGAUCGACCGACCACCCUUGCAUAUUGCGAUACCGUUCUCUCUUGUGAAUGCGUACUUCUUAGAGAAUGGCCAAGAAGCGACCUGCCUCGUCGGAUAUGCACUCCGACCAACCCACAAAGAAAGCAAAAGUUCUGAACGCGAAUCAAGACUGGAUCCUCGAUGAGGACGAAAUCCCUGACACACCGUCAUCCCCAUUGUCUCCCAGCGAGACCAACGAUAGUUCUGCCGACACGGAAGCCCUGUCCGAAUCCUCCACUACGGGCCCAGCCACACCGUCUCCUUAUACCGUCGAGUUCUUUGCGGAUAUGGCCAAUACCAUUGCGAAUCUCUUUCCUUUUGAAGCGUUUGCCGAAGCCCAUGGCUGCACGGUCGGUGACGUUUCGCAAGCGAUCAGUGCUAUGGUUGUUGCCCCCCUUUCCGAUCCAUCGUUUAUCUGGCAUAGUGAUAAUGAGAUCUCGAUCGCCGAAUAUGGACAAGGCAUGAUCAGUACUUGGAAUGAGCAUUACGAGUGCAAGCUUCGAAAUGCUGCUACAACGAAGUCAAUUAUCGAUCUCACAACCCAGACUGGCUCCACAAGCUCUUCGGGAGCUGAAACAUCCUCCGAAGAGAGGAGUGUCUUGUCAGCAAGUCUCGAUAAAGAACCUCCUGAAGAAACGUCGUCAGAAGAUGAAGUUGAGCUUCCGGAUAGCGAGGUACCGGGUCUACCAAAGAAGAGUUGCCUCAGCACACAGUCACAGAAAGCAGCGGGUCGACGGGCCAAGACGGUGAGAUGGGCCCCUCCCCUCUCGCCGGCCGUUCGUGAGAAGGUGUACAGGGACGACUAUGGCAACUAUGUCCCGGUCCCGACACCAGAAGAGAUUCAGGAAAAGGAGCGCCAAAAAUUGCGAGAGGAAAUGCGGGCGAGCAAGGGGCUACUUGAACGGCCGGAACCAACAUACAAUGCAUUUGACCUAGAGGUCCUUUCAGGUUUUGACGACCUAUCAUAUGUGGUGUAGCCUCAUCAUUUUGUACAUUGAUGACCCUAGAUUAUUCUUAUUCUUAUUCUUCUUUGUCUUUAUUGGUAUUUUUUUUUUUUUUUCUUUCUUUAUGAGAGUGCGUUUAGUAAGUUCGAUUGGACGAAAUUGAACCACAUCCCAAGAUUCCAGGAUUGUUGUGUGCUCCACUAUAUGAUGGAGUAAGAGAAAGAUCCCUUAUCCACUCAAAUGGCUGAUGAGAGAGCGCGUGGAGAAACUAUGACGGGAUCUGACCAGAUAUAUGUUGGCAAGUGGAGAACCCGGUUGCUGGAAGAUACGAUGUGUUUUUCUACGGAGUAUGAUCUGGAAUGUUCCCCCCCAAGGAGGGGUAGAGUCGAGGGUGCGAAUUGGGCGGUCAGAAGUAUCCCACCGUAAGAGUUGAAGGGAACAAUAAGAAAAUUCACAUUAUGUGUAGG